AUGUCUGAACAUAGGGUUGUCUUCAUGCCCAAGGACAUCAUUCACACCGGGCACAUAGCUAUCGAAAUGAUGUGUAAACGAGAGUCGAGAUCCAACCGAGGCAUGGCAGAGCGUCACAAGGAUGAAAACAAGUGA